ACAACAACAAAUACAAUUUCAUAAUCGUUGCUAGAGACCAACAUUGUGUAUCACUAUUUGGAAAAUAAAUUAAAGUUCAAAGCUUAGCAAUUGGAAAACACGACGAUAAUUGGAUAUUGGGGCUUUUGCCAUUGUAUGGAGCAUUUUAAACAACCAUCGAGUUUUGGAGACGAGCCGGACCUCGUGAAAAAAACACAGGGCCGGAAUAGUCUGCAUUUCAAUAGCAGCAGUACUGCAGCUCCGCAGCAAACAACUUCAAUUUCAUCAAUCAACGCAUUAACAAGCAAAAUUAAUCUAGACACUACAUCCAAUGACUUCGAACGCGGCUAUGUGCCAACGGUCGGCCGUUGGGGUGCCGAAUGGCCUAGUUGACUCGCCGAAGCCCUGGUUCGACAUGCCGGCUCCACCGCCGGCAACCUCGGGUUAUCGGCGGGAUCGAUGCGGACUGGAUUGACUACAGCCAUCGAUUCUGAUCAAGAUAUACCCAAAUGCAACGGAACUACUGCAUCAUCACUGUGCAGUACCGGUCUUACACAAAGCUCAAAUGGCUCAACCGAUGAUGAAGAUGACUACGACAAUGAAAGCAUUGGAAAUGAAUCGCCAUGCAAUUUGACAUCAAAUCUGUCGUCGGAACGAUGCCUUAGCAUCAAUAAGCUGUUGGAGGAGCAGCACUUCAAAUGGUGGACACAUGCUGAUGACGGGCCGCCUAAGUUAUGGGAGGGACGUAAUGGUUACAAUAUAUCAGCGUAUAACCAAAUCAAUGGUAUUUGGCCUUUGGGCCAUCCAUUGCCUCUGCCCGAUUGGGCUGCUGACGACGAAGCUAACAAAGGUGUUCUUCAUUUCGACUCCGUUUGGCAAUAUGAAGAUCUGAGUGCUAUAAUCGAAACGAAGCUGCAGCGUAUGUUAGAGGAGACCCACUACGAUACUGUUCAUCUAUUCGUCGAUUUCUAUGAAGCCUUCAAACGUACUCGACGCUCGGAUUUGAAGUCAUUCUACCAAUUCUAUGAUAUACCGAUAAAUCGUCGCGAUCACAUGUGUGUUUCGCUGGCCAUGGAAAUAAUGGCACGCAUUGUGGAACUGUUUCCGAUAUUGGAGCAUUAUCUGUACAUUGUUUCGUGUGAAGAACAAGUCAUUUCACUGCGCGAAUAUAUUGAGACGGCUGAAGAUGUGGGUGGGCUUAAUUCGCCCCAUGCAAAUGUCGAAAAGGAACAUGCCAUGAUCGCCAUGAAAAUAAAUAUUGCUGGUCGUGAUGGAGUUUUGAUUUUGGAUCCAGGAUAUCAUGUUGGUCGUUGUGUGACUGUUAUGCAUGAUCAAAACUAUCCCCAUACAGGAUGGUUUACACAGUCCAAGGAAGCUCAUUUACAGCGAGAUUAUUGUUACAACUACAGCAAGUACAAUCCCAAGUACGUUGAAUGGAAGGAAAGAGAAAUAAGAGGAGAUGAAAGCCACUACAAAUCGUCAUUGGUUUAUGUUGAUCAGCCGUAUGUAACAGCCAUUGAUGUCACGGUACGACGUAAUUUGGUCUACAACUUCAGAUCAUUGUUAUCGCGUGAUGCCAAAGGUCGAGUUUAUGCAGGCAUAUAUUUGCCAAUUGUCGGUAAUACCAAUGAAGCCCACUUUACAAUGUUCUAUGAGGGCCUCAACUCUGAACAACGCGUCAAAGUCAAGUUUAUGUUUAGUGUAUUUAAGCAGCCCAACAAGAUUCCUGAAAAUGUUCAGCAGCACUUGGAAAAAUUAGCACCUCAAUUAAACAUGUCCAUAAAGGAACUUACAAAGUUAUUAAUAUCGUUGGCCGAAGCUGUAAUGGAUCAAGGUUUUAUUCAACAAGUAUUGGCCAUUAACGAAGACAUUGGUAAUAUGUCAGCCGAGAAUUGACAA